CAUAUCACUUCUCUCUCUCUCUCUCUCUCCUUCAAAAAAAAAAAAUGGUGUAGCUCAAUUUUCUCUUUCCUGCAAGACCAACUUCCUUCUUUCUCAAAAAUUCUUUUCCUUUGUAACUCAAAAUAUUUAUUAUUAUAUAAAAAUAAAUCUUUUCCCUUUUCUCACUUUCUCUGCACCCAUUUUUCCCCCAAAAUUCGAUUGUUAAGGCUGUUCGAUAAUCAUAUUUCGGUGUCUUUCUGGAUCAGACCCAGAUCCUGUUUUUUUAUUUAAUUUUUUUUCUUUCUGAUCCAUCUAUUUUUUUUUUUUUCUGGUGAAAAAUCACAAUACAGAAGAAACACUAUCAAAGGAGAAAGAGAUUGAGGUUGGUGCUUUUGUUUGAUUUGAAGGAGCAACAAUAAGGACUAAAGAGUGUGUUUUAAAGUGCAUGGUAAACAUUUUUGUAGAAGAAAUUUGAGUUAUGAUCAAGCAGAUAUUGAAUAGACUCCCUAGGAAGCCGUCAAAACCGGCGGAAAAUAACGAAGGAGGAGGAGGAACAUCAACUUCUUCUUCAACUGCUUCAAACAGUGUAAGAAGCAGUCAUAUAGCAGGCUACAAUUUUGGAAAUUCAAAUGCUUCAUCCAUUUCAGGUGUUGAUUCGAAUUCAAACCUUGGACAAAAUCACGGCGAAAUGCUUGUGCAAGCAUUGAAUUCAAAACUGAAUCUAAAUGGGGGUUUGCCCGCUUCUUAUGAAGCUUUGCCGAGUUUUCGUGAUGUUCCGAUUUCGGAGAAGCAGAAUUUGUUUAUACGAAAGAUGCAAAUGUGCUGUGUUGUAUUCGAUUAUACUGACCCUUCGAAGAACGUCAGAGAAAAGGAGAUUAAGCGACAAACAUUAGUAGAACUUGUGGAUUAUGUUUCUUCGGCUAAUGGCAAGUUUACCGAUGUUAUGAUGCAAGAAAUCGUAAAGAUGGUGUCUAUAAAUUUGUUCCGAACGUUGACUACUCCACCCCGUGAGAACAAAAUUCUCGAAGCCUUUGAUAUGGACGAGGAAGAGCCUUCGAUGGACCCUGCAUGGCCUUACUUGCAAAUUGUGUAUGAACUUCUUCUUAGGUUUGUCACAUCACCUGAGACUGAUGCAAAGUUAGCGAAAAGAUAUGUUGAUCAUUCAUUCGUUCUCAGACUUUUAGACCUUUUUGAUUCAGAGGAUCCUCGAGAGCGUGAUUACUUGAAGACAGUUCUUCAUCGAAUAUAUGGGAAAUUUAUGGUGCAUCGGCCGUUCAUCAGAAAAUCAAUCAACAAUAUAUUCUACCGUUUCGUUUUUGAAACUGAGAAACACAAUGGGAUUGCAGAACUCUUGGAAAUUUUGGGAAGUAUAAUCAAUGGAUUUGCUCUGCCAUUGAAAGAAGAGCACAAGCUGUUUCUUGUGCGAGCUCUUAUUCCUCUUCAUAAACCGAAAUGCAUACCAAUGUAUCACCAGCAGUUAUCUUACUGCAUCACACAGUUUGUUGAAAAAGAUUGCAAGCUUGCCGAUACUGUUAUACGCGGAUUAUUAAAAUACUGGCCGAUAACAAAUAGUUCAAAGGAGGUUAUGUUCUUAGGGGAGUUGGAGGAAGUUUUGGAAGCAACUCAACCUGCAGAGUUUCAGAAAUGUAUGGUACUCUUGUUCCACCAAAUAAGACGUUGCUUGAGCAGUUCACAUUUUCAGGUAGCAGAAAGGGCUUUGUUCUUAUGGAACAAUGAUCACAUUGAGAACUUGAUCAAGCAAAAUCACAAAAUUAUACUUCCAAUAGUCUUACCUGCAUUGGAGCAAAAUGCAAGGAACCACUGGAGCCAAGCCGUCCGAAGCUUGACAGUAAACGUCUGCAAGAUCUUUUCUGACAUUGAUCCUGCAUUCUAUGAAGAAUGCAUGAUCAAGUUCAGAGAAGACGAAGCACAGGAAAACGAUAUGAAGUCAAAGCGUGAAGCCAGAUGGAAGCGCUUGGAAGAAAUGGGAGGCAUGAAAGCCGCAUCCAACGAACCGGUUUUGGUGUCUCCAAGAACCGCAUCGUCCCAUGCAACUUCUGGUAAAGACAAGUAGGGUUCAAUGAGAGUGAUCCUUGAAUUUCAAAAAGGCAUGAGAAUGUAUAUAUAUUUGAUUGCAUGGGAUAUAAAUGGAUGGAUCAAGCCAAUGUUUAUUUGUGAAUUUGCUACCAAAGAAUCUCAUAAUGGCUUGAGUUCCACAAGUUUAAUCUGCUUUCAUACUUCACUUUGAUGGAAACAUGUUCCAUUUAUGUUUCCAAUUUGUAGUAUUGAUUUUGUUUUCCUUGUGUAGUUGAGUUUGUUGUUUAAGGUAAAUGGGGAAUUAGAGCUUAUUUUGUAAUGAAUUGUGGUUGUUUUAUAUAUAUUUUGAAAGCAAUUUAUUUAGCACGUGUUAUUAUUAACAAAAGA